AUGGUCAUGGCCAUGCCCCGCCGCCCGUGGCCUGCUCACCCCGCCGUGGUCGUGGCCCACGCCCACGCCGUGCCCGUGGCCGUGACCGCACCCCGCCCCGCCGUGCCCGCGCCCCCCCCCGCCGUGCCCGCACCCGCCCGGCCGUGCCCGCGCCCCGCCAUGCCCGCACCCGCCCGGCCGUGCUCGCGCCCCGCCGUGCCCGCCCCGCUGUGCCCGCGCCCGCGCCCUGCUCCGCCCCGUCGUGGCCGCGCCCCCGGCCCGCCCCGCCCCGCCACCGCCGUGGUCGUGGCCGCGCCCCGCCGUGCCGCGGUCCGCCCCGCCCCGCCGCCGUCGUGGCCGCGCCCGCACCUGGGCUCGUCCCGCCCCGCCGCCGCCUUGGUCAUGGCUGCGCCCGCGCCCCGCCGCCCGUGGCCGUGGCCGCGGUCCGCCCCGCCCGUGGCCGGUUGGCGGGCUGGCGCGCGCAUGCGAGGAGGCCGGCAGUGGGCGCACCGAGGAGGACGACGGCGGGCGCACGCGAGGAGGCCAACGGCGGCUGCGGGCGCACGGGGCACUUUUCACGUGCGUGAGAAGUUCAGCGCGCUGGAGUUCACGCGCUAA